CCCUAUUAUACUAUAGUGAUUUUUGUUAUUUUACACUAUUUUCAUUGCGGCUACCCACCAAGACGCUUUUUCUAAUUGAGCAAUUUUCUUGUUGGUUUCUGACUUGAGAACAAAUUCAUGGCAUCACCAAGCACCAUAAAGUUUAACCACCAAGUUUGAGAUUGAUUGGUGUGGUUCUUCUACGCCUAGGAGGCUAGGACACCAGAAUAUCGAACCAUGAACAAAAGAAAGGCAAGAGAGGAAAGCAUAUUGGCUAGUGAAUUGUUGUUAUUGUUGAAUUGAUUGAAAUGGGAUAAGAGGAUCAAUGACAGGUAACAUGGACAUACCAAGAGGAGAUAAGCUUGUGUUGAGGGGUUUAAAGUUCCAUGGAUAUCACGGGGUGAAUCCAGAAGAAACGAAGCUGGGACAGAAGUUCUUGGUGGAUGUUGAUGCUUGGAUGGACCUUCAACCAGCUGGUAAAUCUGACUGCUUGUCAGAUACUCUAAGUUACACUGAUAUAUACAGUAUAGUGAAAGAGAUUGUAGAAGGUCCACCAAGAAAACUUCUAGAGAAUGUGGCGGAGCUCAUAGCAUCGACAACCCUCAACAUGUAUCCGCAGGUAUCUGCUGUUCGUGUUCAAGUAGGAAAGCCUCAUGUGGCUGUUCAAGGACCUGUUGAUUACUUAGGCGUCGAGAUCAUCAGACACAGAGAUCUUGAUGUUUAAAACCAAGAUUUGUUGCUUGUAUUAGUUUAUGUUAUUCGAAAUCCUGUUGUUCAAUAACUUCUUUUGAUUGCAAAGCUAGUUUUUUCAUGUGUAUUGUGUAGAAUCUUUUCCAUCUGCAUUUGUUGAGUGCAUGAUUGAGAAUGAAAAGAAGAAAAAGUUGAUUCCUUAA